UCUUCUCUUCUCUUCUCUUCUCUUCCAUGCCAAAAUUGGAUUUUUUAUUUUGGUCUGCCUCUUUCUUUCCCCCACCUUGACCUGUAGUUGCCGCCGGCCGGUCAUCCUCCCUGAGCUCACCUUAAUCUUGCCUGACCUCCAAGAAAAGUAGCUAAACGCUGCUAGCUACCGUGGCCUCCCUCUCUCUCGCUUCGCUUCCCCUGAGGCUUCACCUACUCGUCGUCGUCUCCGAUGCCUUCGUCCUCCCCACCGCUCCGAGGUAGUCCUACUAACAAAGGCCGUACCUUUGCCUUCCCCUCUUCAGUCUUCUUUCUUCCCCGUGGAGGCUUCCCUUGCUUUGCCUUCCACUGUUCAGUGUCUCACCUCUGAACUCUGAAGCUCCACUAAUGUGAUGUCAAUCGCAUGCUGCUUGCCGGUUGUCGAGUGCGUCUACUGCCUGGCGUGCGCACGGUGGGCGUGCCAGCACUGCUUCCACACCGGAGGCUAUGACAGCGAGACCUGGGGCCUUGCCUCGCCGAAUGAGUUUGAGCCGGUGCCGCGGCUAUGCCGAUUGAUUCUCACGGUGUAUGAGGAUGACCUUGAGCACCCGCAGUGGGCGCCUCCUGGGGGAUAUGGCAUUGAGCCACGGUGGGUGGUGCACCGGAAGACAUAUGAGCACACUGGUGGACAUGCCCCGACAUACUUGUUGUAUGUUGAUCACCACCAUUCGGAUGUCGUGCUCGCUGUCCGUGGGAUGAACAUGGCGAAGGAGAGCGACUACGCCGUGCUGUUGGACAAUUCGCUCGGCCAGAGGAGGUUCGACGGCGGCUAUGUGCACAAUGGGUUGCUCAAGGCUGCUGAGUGGUUGUUUGAUGCUGAGUGUGAUGUGCUAAGGGACCUUCUGGAGAGGAAUCCUGGUUACACGCUCACUUUCGCAGGCCAUUCUCUUGGUUCUGGUGUCGUGGCGAUGCUUGCGCUGGUAGCUGUGCACAAUAGAGACCGGCUGGGUGGUGUUGAGAGGAAGAGGGUACGGUGCUUUGCCAUGGCACCUGCCAGGUGCAUGUCACUCAAUUUGGCAGUCCGUUAUGCAGAUGUCAUUAACUCAGUUAUUCUCCAGGAUGAUUUUCUGCCUCGCACAGACACUCCUUUGGAGGAUGUAUUCAAGUCACUUGUCUGCUUGCCAUGCCUUUUAUGUGGAAGGUGCCUUAUAGACACGUGUAUACCUGAAAGUGCGAUGUUGAGAGAUCCAAGACGUCUCUAUGCACCAGGCCGCCUUUAUCACAUUGUUGAAAGGAAACCAUUCAGCUGCAGAUGUGGAAGAUAUCCCCCUGUUGUAAGAACAGCUGUUCCGGUGGAUGGCAGAUUUGAGCACAUUGUGCUAUCUUGCAACAUGAUUUCUGAUCAUGCUAUUAUCUGGAUCGAAAGAGAAGCUCAAAGGGGACUAGAUUUGAUGCUGGAGAACGAGAGAACCAUGAAGCCACCUGAGACGCAAAGAAUGGACGAUGAAAUCGCCAUCGAGAGGGAUCAUGAUGAGGAGCAGAAGGCGGCAUUGAGGCGUGCCGUUGCUCUAGGGGUCGCAGAUGUUAAUGUGCCAUCAGCAUAUGGUACAUUCAGUGAAAAUCUGACUCCUGAGGCUGAUGAGGCCUCUCCGGUAUUGCCCGACAGUGGACUGCGAAGGACGGUCUGGGAUGAGUGGAUUGCAAGGAUAUUUGAGAAGGAUGAAUCUGGCAAAAUGAUUCCACGAACAUGAUUAUGGUAGAACAGGGCAUUAUGCUAUGAAAUUAGGAAAAAAAUAAUAAAUAAGUAUGCAGGCAAUAUAAUCUGAGCCGAUUAUUAUUGGCAUCAGUUCAUCUUCCAGCCUGUUCAAGUCUGUUUUCAAAACCUUGAAAUGGUGAUGGAAGGAAAUAGGAAUUGUUGGCAGAGCAAUGAUGUGAAAUCUGAUGCAGUUUCAACCUCA